GGCCCCCUCCUUCCGGUCGGCUUCAGCGCCUACGCGGAGGUCUCCGCCCCUCGCACCUUUUUUUUUCUUUUUCCUCGUAUUGUGCCGACUGCGCAUGUGUCAGUGAUCCAAGAACCUCCGUAAAACAUGGAGAAAGCGCACCAAGGCAGAAAUAAAUAGGAAAAACACCUGAAAGCCCUCUAGGAAGGAAAGAGAGAGAAGAAUAUGAGAGAGCUUUUAUUAGAGCUCAUCCUGUGUUCACACGGACAUAGGCGUGGCACCACGCAUGUGCGAAGGUCGCAGACACCUUGUGAAAUGAGCGAUUCAGAAGACGAUGACAUACCCCAGCUUUCUUCCCACACCUUAGCAGCUCUGCAGGAGUUUUAUGCUGAGCAGAAGCAAACCAUCAACCCAGGAGGGGAUGAUAAAUACAACGUUGGGGUGAUAGAGGAGAACUGGCAGCUGAGCCAGUUCUGGUACAGUCAGGACACUGCUUUGAGACUUGCACAGGAAGCCAUCAAUGCUGUGGGAGAAGGCGGCAGAAUUGCAUGUGUGAGCGCACCCAGUGUGUACCAGAAGCUCCGGGAGCUUCGUAGGGAAGACAUCUCUGUAUACAUCUUUGAAUACGACAGAAGAUUCGCCAUAUAUGGGGAUGAGUUUAUCUUCUAUGACUACAAUAAUCCACUGGACUUGCCUGAGGGAGUCGCCCCGCAUAGCUUUGACAUUGUGGUUGCAGACCCUCCUUACCUGUCUGAGGAGUGUCUCAGGAAGACAUCCGAAACCAUCCAGUUCCUGACUCAGGGCAAGAUUCUGCUGUGCACAGGCGCCAUCAUGGAGGAGCAGGCAGCUCAGCUCCUGGGUGUGAAGGUGUGCAAGUUUAUUCCAGAACAUUCCCGAAACUUGGCCAAUGAGUUCCGCUGUUAUACGAACUAUGACUCCGGGCUGGACUGUGAAACCUAGAGUCACAUGACAGCAGUUCCAGUGAGGGCCCCACAUCCAUUUCCCAGUUCUCUUCCUGUUGAACGUCGUGACCUCUCCCUCGCUCUGCCACGACUGGGACUCCCAUGGCUUAUUUUUCAAAAUAAAAUAAAACUUCUCAUUGCUGAUUCUA